GCAAAGCUGCUACUUUCCUCCCUCCUCCCACCUCGGGAAUCGUGAAAUUGACACAUUGUAACGAAACAGGGGCGCCCCCUUUUUCAAUCAAGCCCUUCAUCGGAGGUGGGAACAUUGCGGUGGCUUCUUGCAACGUAUCAGUGGCCGCAGCGUUUGCCGGGGGUCGAUCCCUGAGCCCCUAACUUUCAGAAGCCCGAGCCGUUCAGUUUUCUCCCCGUCCAAAAACUUGUCCCACCUAUGUCCAUCUUGUUUAGGAACAGUUUGGCGCUUAGGUAAAUGUAGCCGGCAGAUUCCAAGGGAAUUUGGGCGUGCAAUUAAAGCGGAGGAAAAGCCGCUCUGGGGCGCCAGUCGGCUGGGGAAAAUGCAUGGUCCUUUAUUUGGGGUGGGGAGGCGCUACAGGGCUGCGGGUCUGGGGGCUUUGCAGCGCGUUGCAGCUGCUGUGAAUGUGCAUUCGGUUGAGGGCGGUUAGCCAUUAGCCGAGCUCCAUAGCGGUGAAUUGUGGGAUGCCUGAGAAGCAAGCAGAAAGCACACACACACACAAUAUGUGUUGGCUCGCGAAAAAAAAAAGAGGAGGCAGGAGGCUUUCAAAACCAAUGUAAUGUAACCAGCCAAAUGUGAAAAGGCGCUCGCCAUUCGCGGCAAGGCGAGACGAUCGGCCACCGAAUAACAAUGUCUUUCAAAGAGAUCAAGGCAGGAGAGAAAGCGAAGCACACCGAAGACCAUGGCAAAAAACAGAGUUCAAGCUGGAUCAACGGAAUGGAGAGCAGCUCCCAAGCUAGCACCUCUGCCGAGAGAAGAAAUCACCAUUGCAAAAGUUACAAGUUGAUUAUUGACCCAGCUUUGAAAAAAGGACAGCACAAACUCUAUCGUUACGAUGGGCAGCAUUUUAACAUUCCUAACUCUGGUCUUGCCCCAGUGGAUUGUGUCAGAGAUCCCAGGAUAGGACGAAUAUGGACCAAAACCAAAGAGCUGGAGCUUUCUGUCCCUAAAUUUAAGAUUGAUGAAUUCUAUGUGGGGCCGGUGCCUCCCAAACAAGUCACAUUUGCCAAGCUGAAUGACAAUAUCCGUGAGAACUUUCUCCUGGACAUGUGUAAAAAAUACGGCGAAGUGGAAGAAGUGGAGAUCCUCUAUAACCCCAAGAACAAGAAGCACCUUGGAAUUGCCAAAGUGAUCUUUGCCACAGUCAAAGGAGCCCGGGAAGCGGUGCAGCACCUGCACAACACCUCUGUCAUGGGCAACAUCAUCCACGUGGAACUGGAUACAAAAGGUGAAAAACGUAUGCAUUUCUAUGAGCUACUUGUAAAUGGACUCUACACUCCUCAGACCCUUCCUGUAGACAAUGAGCCAGACGCUUCACCCACUGUGAAUGAAACUCUACAGCUGGCUGAUACCCUGAAACGCCUAAAAGACAGUAGCCUUUCUUCUGUGGGAUCAUCGGCUACCCCAAACAGUAGCACCCCAUUUUCCCAGGAUACGGCCUUUUCUAGUAGUCGGCAAGACACCCCAAACUCCUUUGUCCAAUUUACCCCUCAGUCCCAGGGAACCCCUCUCACCCCGCGCAUGGGGACUCCCUUUUCCCAAGACUCGGCAUACUCUAGUCGUCAGACGACACCAUCUUACCAUUUCAGACAAGACUCUGGGUAUAAGCCCAGAAGACAUGAAACAAAAUUUACUGAUGCCUACAACAGACGUCCAGGACACCACUAUGUUCAUAAUUCUGCAGGUGCUUUUCGAGGAUCAGAGCAUCAAUUUAGCACCUUCAAACCCCAUCAGCAAGAGACGGUGCAAUAUUCCCACACUCCUCCUUUGAGUCACUCGGGGUCUUCGACUUACAAAUCAGCCUUCUCUCCAUACCAGGCACCAACCACGUACCCUCCACCUGAAGAACCACCCCUUCCUCAAACUUCCAGAGAAGUCGAGUACCAGCGGCCUCCACUGCCUCCUGAUGAGUCACCUGUCAAAAGCAGCACUGCUACCACCCCUGAUUUUGUUCCUGUGAAGGAAAAGCCUGAGGAACCCCCGCCCCUCCCGGAGGCAAACAGUCUUAAUGAGCCAGCUGUGGUACCCUUCUCACAGACUCCAGAAAGGAGUGAGACCCCAGGCACCCCAACCAUGGAACCUGAUGUUCAACAUAACAGUUUGGACUCAAGGAUUGAGAUGCUUUUGAAAGAGCAGAGAACAAAGCUCUAUUUUCUCAGUGAGCAUGACUCAGACAAUGAGAUUCGAAUGGAAGGAAGUCCAAUCUCUUCUUCCUCCUCCCAGCUCUCCCCGAUCCCAACAUUUGGUUCCAGCUCUCAGCCCAGUCACAGAGCACAAACUCCAUCCUCACGUCCUUCCAGCACUGGCUUGGAGGACAUUAGCCCAACGCCAUUACCCGAUUCUGAUGAUGAUGAGCCAAUUCUUGGAAUGGCUUCUCAGUGUCAGAAUUCAAGAGGAACAUCAGAUACCGCUAUGGCUUCUGCUGACCAGCUGUGUAGAACAUCUAAAAUUGAGUCUUCUGAGACGAAAGAAAUGCUGCCUGGUAACCAGAGUCCAGUAUCAGAAAAAAUGGAAGAGUGUCAUCAGUCUUCAGGGGAGGAUAUGGAGAUCUCUGACGACGAAAUGAACCCAUCUCCCAUCACGAGUGCAGAAUGUGCCAAAAACAUUGUGGUGAAUACCUCAGUCAACAACUCUGCCGUGAUGGCUCCUUCCAUCCCCAUGCCUCCACCUGGGUAUCCUCCUCUGCCUCCACCACCCCCACCUCCUCACCAGGCCGGCUUUCCGAUGCCUCCGCCUCUCCCCCCUCCGCCUCCUCCACCAACGCACACCACGGUCACUGUUCCGCCUCCACCCCUUCCUGCGCCUCCUGGGGUCCCGCCGCCUCAUAUCUUGCCUCCCCUCCCUCCGUUCAUGUUCCCCGUCAUGCAAAUGGACAUGAUCAGCGUCUUGAGCAACCAGUGGGGGGGCAUGUCGAUGUCUUUUCAAAUGCAAACCCAGAUGCUGAGCCGCAUGAUGCAGGGGCAUAACACGUACCAGUACCACCCUUUCAUGGGGAACCGGAUGCAGUUUGUGAACCUCCCUCCCUACCGACACUUCUCCAUGGGAGCAGCGAUCGGCCGGGGGCAGCCCUGGCCACCUUUGCCCAAGUUUGACCCUUCUGUCCCCCCGCCGGGCUAUGAGCCCAAGAAGGAGGAUCCGCACAAGGCCACUGUGGACGGUGUCCUCUUGGUGAUCGUGAAGGAACUAAAAGCAAUCAUGAAAAGGGACUUGAACCGGAAGAUGGUGGAGGUGGUGGCCUUCAGGGCUUUCGAUGACUGGUGGGAUAAGAAGGAACGUCUGGCAAAGGCAUCCCUCACUCCAGUAAAGUCUGGAGAGAACAAAGAUGAGGAAAAGCCGAAACCAAAGGAUCGCAUCACAUCCUGUCUUCUGGAGAACUGGAAUAAAGGAGAAGGCCUGGGCUAUGAAGGGAUCGGCCUGGGCAUCCGAGGGGCCAUCCGGCUACCAUCUUUCAAGGUAAAGCGAAAGGAGCCACCUGAAGCUGCCUCAGCUGGAGACCAGAAAAGAAUCCGGCCCUCUCCUUCAGUAGAUGAUGAAGAUGAAGAAUCUGAACGAGAUCGAGACCUGCCAGAUGCAGCCUCCAACACUUCCAAGAAGGAUGCAGAAGGUGUUGGCCUCAGACGAAGACCUGCCCGGCCACUGGAACUAGACAGUGAGGGAGAGGAGGAGGAUUCAGGCAAAGAGGAGGAGGAAGAGUCCUCUUCAGAAAAGGAGGCGGAGCAGGAGGAAGAGGAAGGAGUGAUGAAAUCAGUGUCAGACAAGGAAGAGGAGGAAGAUGCUAAUGAAGAGGAAGAAGAGGAGGAGGAGGAGGACGACGAUGAUGCUGAAAUAGAAACAAGUGAAAAGGAAGAGGAGCAGGAUUCUGAGGAAGAAGAUCUCGGAAGUCCUGCCUCCUCGAGAGCAGAGGUUGAGUCGUCGGAUGAAAGUGAUGAAUCCACAGAAUUUGGAACGAGUUCUGAUUCUGAUGAAGAUGAAGAAGAGGAGGAGGAAGAAGAUGAGGAGGAGGAGGAAGAUGAUGAAGGGGGAUCUAUGGAGCAAGAAAGAGAAGCUGUACUCACGGAAAUAACAGUAGAACCUCUUGUGCAAGAACCUGAGGAGGAGGAAGAGGAUGAGAAGGAGACCAUCCUGGAAUUGUUUCCAGUGGAACCGGAUGUGUACAUGCAGGAGGGAGUCCCUCUAGUGCAGGUGGAGCCUUCUGCUGUGCCGGCAGGAGAGGAACUGAAGGAAGAAGCCCACCCCGUGGAGGAGGAAAGCAGCGAGGUGCCUGAAGAAUCUCUUGCUGCUGCAGAAGUGCUGAUGGUGAUGGAGCAAACUGAAGAGGAGAAGCUGCAACAGUCCCCUGCAUGCCUACCAGUGGAGGAGUCUGAACCAGGCACUGAGCUGGAACAUGAGGUGCCAGAUAGCCCGAAGCCAGAAUCUCAAGAGGAGGAAACCUUCCGUCCACCAACACCAGUGGGGCUCUUUGGAGAGGUCUUGUCCAGCAAAAACUCAUUCUUCACCAAGUCCGAGGACAGCAGCUUAGAAGCCCAAGCAAAAAGCAGUCUGCAGCCUACAGCGGAGGAAGAGCAGCAGCACCCUCGAACUCCUGGACGGGAUGUCCUGGCCCAUACAGAGUCUUCUGUACUUCCUGUCCACCCGGUACCCCCCUGCUCGCUUCCCCUCCCGUCCGUUGGGGCCAUGAAAGAGGAACCGUUGCUGCUUCCAGACAAGUUCCCCGAACAGAUAACCGUGACCAAACCAUCAGUGGAGGAAGAGCUCCCUCGGACUCCCGGGCGGGACAUUUUAGCCAAGUGUUCCCACAGUCUCUCCAAGUCCCAGAGCACAGACACGGUCCCAGCCACCCCCGACAGUGAUGCUCCUCUGACAGGAAGCAGCUUGACUUUAAGUUCCCCUCAAGUCCCCGGAAGCCCCUUUUCCUACCCAUCGCAAUCCCCUGGGAUCGCCAGCGGCAUCCCUCGGACUCCAGGGAGAGAUUUCACUUUCACGCCUACUUUCCCGGAGCCUGGUGCUAUCCACCCUUGCCUCUUGUCCGUCAAGAAACUCUCCGAGGAUGAACCCGAUGAGAAAAUCUUUAAGGAACCUCUCGGUGCUUCCUUAUUGGUGGGCAUGAACAGCGUUCCCUCCCCCAUUCCCUUUGCCAGCCCUCCUGUCCCUGCUUUCCACACGCAUAUUGACAUAUCUCCCAACAAGCAGUUACCGCUUUCUGUUCAGCCUUGCUUAUUCAUGGAGUCAAAGACGUCUUUAGAAGAGUGCAGCGCAGAUGGAAGAGCUCUUUUGCCCUUCCCGGAAGUUCCUGCUACGUCUCCACCCCUCCCUCCACCACUUCCCCCAUCCUCAUCCAUCGUGCCCGGCAGAAGGAAACCCGGUCGACCAAAAAGAUCAUCCCCUCUGGGCCCUAUGUUGGAUGCCUAUUCCAGCAAAUCCAUCGAGCCGCCUCUUCUCCCAGUCCCAGUCGCCUUGCCUGAAAGUGCCGUAAGCAAAGAGUUGUUAAGUGGCCACCCAGAUUCCUUCUACCCUCUUAUAAAAGACACGGAAGCCGUUCCCCUGGAUUUCAGGAAUGACGGCUUCCAUGACAAGGUAGCACCAGAGGUCUUAGCUGAGAAGCUUCCCUUUAAGGAGCUGGAGAACCAAUGGAAUGAGGACUUCAAAGAGGAAGAUGCUCUCUUGAAAUCCAAAAGGCAGUGGCGACGCCAGAAAAAGAGGCCCGAAGACGUCCCAACCGUUCCUUCUCCCGAAUAUUCCCCACAUCGAUAUCACUUUAGGCCCCGCUCUGAGUUCGAGGAGAUGACGAUUUUGUAUGACAUUUGGAACGGGGGUAUCGAUGACGAGGACAUCCAUUUCUUGUGCGUGACGUACGAUCACUUGUUGCAGCAAGACAACGGGAUGGACUGGCUCAACGACACCCUCUGGGUAUACCAUCCUCCAACCAGCUUUUUGACCCCAAAGAAGAAGAAACGGGACGAUGGGAUGCGAGAACACGUGACAGGCUGUGCCCGAAGUGAAGGCUAUUAUAAAAUCGACAAGAAGGACAAGCUGAAAUACCUCAACAACAGCCGCGCGUUUGCCGAGGAACCUCCAGCUGACACACAGGGAAUGAGCAUCCCCGCCCAGCCACACGCUUCCACCCGGGCUGGCUCAGAGAGGAGGUCAGAGCAACGCAGGCUUCUGUCGUCCUUCACCGGAAGUUGCGAUAGCGAUUUGCUCAAAUUCAACCAACUGAAGUUCCGGAAGAAAAAGCUAAAAUUCUGUAAGAGCCACAUUCACGACUGGGGACUGUUUGCAAUGGAGCCCAUCGCUGCUGACGAGAUGGUGAUCGAGUACGUGGGCCAGAACAUCCGGCAGGUAAUCGCCGACAUGCGAGAGAAACGCUACGAGGAUGAAGGCAUCGGGAGUAGUUAUAUGUUCCGAGUUGACCAUGACACUAUUAUAGAUGCAACCAAGUGUGGAAACUUUGCCCGAUUUAUCAAUCACAGUUGCAAUCCAAAUUGUUAUGCUAAAGUCAUCACGGUGGAGUCCCAAAAGAAGAUAGUCAUCUACUCGAAGCAGUACAUCAAUGUGAACGAGGAAAUCACCUAUGACUACAAAUUCCCCAUCGAGGAUGUCAAAAUCCCCUGCCUUUGUGGCUCAGAGAACUGCAGAGGGACCCUGAAUUAAACCCGAGGUUUCUUGCCACGCAUUGGUUCUGCCCAAACUGUGGUAACUGAGGGUGGUUGCACUUUUUGCCAAAAAAAAAAAGGAGGAAGAAGACAAAGAAAAACGAGAAAGAGAAGAAAGCCCAUUCUUGGCAGUCCUGUGGCAGCAGGGGAAGCGCAGACAUGCACACAAGGACUCUUCAAACUUUGCUGGUGCUUUUUGUCUUCAGCUCCGACCCCGCCCCCCCCCUUCCCCUCACCCCUCUGUGAUGAAGAGGCCAGGGCACCUGGCACCAGAAGUCAAAACACUAUCUCUCUCUCCCCCCCCCCAAUUCCCCCCCAAUCCUCUCUGCUCAGUCCAGAACAGUGCGGCUCUCACAAGUAGAAUAAGGUACCUUUUUAUCGUUUGGAAAUGUUCCUCUUUCUGUACAAUGCUGCUACCUUUUUCCUCAUUAGUCUUGUUUGUUGGGUGGGGAGGAGGAAAAUGUUUUUAAAAAUGUGAAGCAGAGACUGAAAAAAAAAGAGGCCACAAGCUGGAUGGAAGGUGGAUCUUUUUGCACACAGAAGCUGGGGAGGGACGGAGGGAGGGCGGGCAAGGCUGUGUUUUAGCGUAGGCUGGAGAUUUCUGUCAGGAUUUGGCAUGCCAUGCGCAGGGCUUCCCUUUCAACGGAGCCCAGAUAUAGUCAUUUUGAGAUAUUAUCCCCCCCUCCCCCUUCUGGUGUUAAUUCAGUUUUGUGCUAUUCAAAACUGGCUGUACUUAAAAUUAACAGAGAGAAAGUGAUGUCAGGAGAGCCUCUCUAAAUGCUGCCUCAAGCAUCCCAUGGAGCACCAGUUGGUGGUUUGUGGCCCAUGUGAUCUUGGUGGCUUCCACUCCCCACAGAGGCAGGAGAAUCUGGGAUUGCAGGUUCUCCUGGAAGCUGCUUCUCAGAUGCGACAGCUUCGUCCUGCUACUUGCAGUGUAUAAAGCGGGACAGGCUUCCUCUUAAUUCCCAAAGGCCAAGAGGACCAGGUCUUCUGAAAACAAACCACCAUCUGCUUUUAGCUGGAUCGUUUCCCAUAACCUCUUCCACUUGGAGAGUCAGAAUCUUCUGUAAGUGUGGAGGAUACAGGUGAGAUUUUGCAAGGUCUUGGUUGGAUUAAAUUAGCUUCUUGUCUUCCAACAGACUUAUCCUCCUGGCAUGCCAGAGGUGUGGCUUUUGAGACUUCCAGUCUUGGACGAGGCCACGUGCAUUUAGAUGGUUUCAGAACCAAUACCCUCGUCAAUGAGUAAGCAACUGAUACGUUUCUGUCCUCUUUAUGCUACAGUGUGAUCCAUCAGGAGCUUCUCCUGCACAAGUGCUGGUGCAAGAGAAGUUCUGUGCAGAUUCCUUGGGAAAUAUGGUGAUACUAGCUGUCACCAUGAUUCGGCUCAUGAAUCUUGGCCAGAACUUCCUGGAAUGGUAGUUUUAACACACACACAUUCUGUUAGAACAUAAAGACAAACUCUCAAAUACUGUAACGGGGGGAGAGUAACUGCAUAGUUGAAAAUCUGCAGAAACUUGGGGAAAUAGGUCUGUGAAAGUGUUUGCUUUCGCAGAAGAGCACAUUUGUAAAACAAAAGUACAUUUGGACUCUCUCAGACCUGGGUAGGCUUUCCUUCCUUGGAAGGCUCUGGGUUUAAGGGAAAAAAACUCUUGGGUGAAGACGGUCUGUUCUGCCGGCCCACCCCAGAGAAGGGAGCACUUUGCCUUCAUGAAAUGAAGAACGUCUGUCUCUAGGUUGCAGUAUAUCAGCUGGAUUCUUUUCGGCCUCUCCUGAGGAACCUAACCCCGUUCCCAACGGAGUGCCAAAUUCUUACCCAUCUAUACUCAAGCUUUGUGUGUCACAGGCUGACUUUAAACCUGGCUUAACUUGGCAUCCACAGGUGUUACUUUAUCAUCUGCUCUGGGCUUGAAACCCCCAUCCUGCCUGUGUUCCUUUUUUGCUUGGUUUCACAAUAAUUUCUUCCCCACCCUGCCCAUUUCCAGAUUGAGGUAUAAAUCGUGGGAGUAUGGGAGGGAGCCAGCUUCGCCUGGCAGAUAUUUAUAUUGUCAAAAGCAGCUGAUUUCUACACCACGAAAUACUUUUAAAAACUCUGAUGAAAAGUUGUUUCAGUUCUAUAAUUUGUGACCUAUUUUCAGGGAUCAUUUCAAUGCAUUUCUGUAUGAAAACCUUUUUUUAAAAAAGAGAAAAAAAAAGUUUAAAAUUUGAAGUUGGACACAUCAUCUGUACAUAGGCAGCUGUUCAGACUCUUCUCUUCGAACACUGUUUCUUGUAGAAACAUGUUGAUUUUUGUUCUAUUUGGGGGUUGGUUUUUUUUGGCUGUUUCCUUUGUACUUCAAAAGCAUGUAAAUAUUUGUUUAAAGUGACUAUUGUAAUUUGGAGUUUUGUUUUGUUUUUCAAGUGCCAGCAUUAAACAUCCAGACUAGAGAGGCAGAUGGGAGGGUAGGGGCAGCUCUGAAAGGAGGAAGCUGGCCAUAUUUACAGCUUGUGUCAAGCUAUGUAUAAUGUAAAUUCUGUACACAAGAACUUUUUUGUCAAAUACGUAGAGCAAACUAGAAAGAUAAGAAGCUGAAGAUUUUAAAAAAAAUGCCAAGUUUGAGGCUUUUUUUUUAAUUGCCUUUCUGAUACCUUAACGUGCAAAUCUAUUUAUUUCAGACAAGAAUGUGUAUAGUCUAUUAAUGACAACCUAAAAAUGUAUUUAAGCAGAUCUGCAAUUUGAUUUCCCCCCCCCCGCCCCCCCCCCCCGCAAUUUAAUCUAUUUUAUAACUUUCCUCCUGGAUUACCAACAUAGUAUUUGUAGAAGCAAAAUGAUCUGGUGCUCCAGUGCACGUGCAGAGCUCCAAGGGAGCAGGAACUCGACUGUCCACCAAGCAGGUCCUGCUCCUGAGAAGUUCUGUGUGUCUUACAAGAGCCUUUGCCUUCACACCAGAGUCGCUGGAUCAAGACAAUUGUCUGGGGGUUAAAGUGGGGAGGAGAACGAAAGACGUUCUCAAUUCAGGAGGUAGGUAGGUCUUGAGAAGGAAAACUUCCCCUCCCCCCGCACCAGUUCUGUUAGUUCCCAUUUCAUGGAUUCUCUAGAGAGAGAGGUUUUAGGGCACAGUGUUGCCUCCUUUAAAAGGGGGAAGGAAAAUGGUUUGCAAUAAACAUCUGCUUUUUAUGUUCCUUUGGAAAAAAAAAUUAAAUCUCUACUUUUGAGAAUUAGAAUUUUUAAAAGUUUUUGUUCCCUUUUGUUUAAACAACCGUAUAAAUUUAAGACUGUCCCGUGCAUCUAGGCUCUGUCAUUGGUAUGUACCUUGUUUUGAAGAACGUGUUUCUUUUCGUUGUGGGUGUGUCAUGCUGUACAUAUUUGUUCAUAUUUUUUUGUGAAUUGAAUACUAUGUACCAUUGUAUUAUAGUAACUUUUAUAAAGCAAACCAUAAAUAUACUGACUUUUCUUACAGAAAA